AUGAGCAACCACCCCGAAGGCCUGGACAUCUACGUCUCGGUCGGUCCACCAACCGGGAUCCUCCAUGUCAAGGACGUUGACGGCGACGACUCGACAAGCCUUGUGCCCAUCUCUGGAAUGCAGGACAUCUCAACUUUUGGAAUUGCUGGGCGUAUCUGGGACAGUUCGUACACGUUGGAUGCGUAUAUGAGACGGCCGACGGACCAGUAUACUUUUACACCCGCGUGUCCCAUCCCCGCUGAAUACUUCCUGCCCACCAAGACCACAACCCCAACCACCGCCACUUCCACCACUACAACCUCAGAGCUGGUAUCAGCAGCAGCAACAACAAAGGAAAAGAAGAAACCGAUCAGGAUCUUGGAGAUUGGCGCGGGGACAGGAUACGUCGGGAUCGCGCUCGCGAAACGCCUGGAUUCAGAUUGUACCGUCAUCCUGACGGACCUGGAAGAGGUUGUGCCCCUGCUUCAAAAGAAUGUCAAUGAGCAGCGUCUCCCCCGUCGUCAUCGUCCCCCUACUACCUCUGCCUCCGCCGUAACGACCAUCGCCACAGCCUCAGAAACAGAGCGGCCCGCAGUCAAGGAGCCAUCAUGCGCAUGGAUAGAAGUGGAACCCCUAGAAUGGGGAAACACUUCUCACGCCCUCGCCAUCUUGGACCACCCUACUCCCAUCGACUACAUUGUCGCCAGCGACCUCGUCUAUUUCCCUGAACUCUACCCACCCCUGUUACAAACUCUGAAAGAAAUCACGCGGGUGGGGGAGACAAAGAUUCUGUUUGGGUACAAGGAGCGGGCGAUUUGGAAGGAGAGUCCGUUUUGGGAGGAGUUUGGACGGUUCUUUGAGAUGGAGGCUGUCAGGAUUGAGCAGCAUCCUGUCAAGAAGGAGGGUGAGGUGGGAGGGGAGGAAGAAGACGAGGAGGAGGAAGGUGGCGUGAAGUUGUUUGGAUGCGAAGGCGAGGAUAGGUUGUAUGUGUUUGUGGCGACCAAGCGGCCAGAGGACCAGAUCUUGAAGGGCGCCGAUGAUACCUUGACCACCUUGAUGAUGAUGCAGAUCGGUCUCUAG